UCUGGUGUAUCACAACAACACGCAUGGCGUUGCACAAUUAUGGAAGGACCACAGCUCGUGAAACAUGUAUCUUCACGACAAUGUACAGGUUUCUUUGCGGUCUCUGUCCGCUGAAGAGAGUCUAGAAAAGUGUAACAGAAUUUUGGAGUUGAAUGGAGAUGGUACCUCAAUGUGGAAAAACGUGACGGGAUAAAAUCAGGUGGCAGUAACUGAACGAGUCAACUCUUCAAAAGACAGACAACUAGUUUUCUGAACGGCGUGUGAGAUAGAUUUCCUUCCACACAGCAACAAUGGCAGCCUCCAACACCAAUGUGAUACGGGUGCGAUUGUAUUUUGAUUACCCGCCGCCCUCGGUAUCCGACUGUCGCAUGUGCUGGGUCCUCGUGGAUCUGAACAAAUGCCGGGUGGUAGCAGACAUAGCCAGCGUGAUCAGGGAAAAGUUCGACUUCAGUCGCAGGAGCAUUUUGAGUCUGUUCAUUGAAGACUGCUACCUGCCGCACACAGAGAGCAUCUACGUAGUCCGAGAUAACGACAGCAUCAGAGUGAAGGUGGACACCCUAACCCUUUCCAAUGGAAGUCAGUCGAACACAUCUGUUGUGAAGUCCAAGAAGAGGAGGAGAGAUGCCGAGGAGGAGGAGGAGCCCACCCAGAACCGAGUGAGUGAAGAGUGGAGGAAGAAGAAGAAGAAGAAGAAGAGUCAGGAGGCCGAUUCCAACCCGGCUGCGGUUGAAGAGAGGAGGAAAGAAGACAAGCAGAAACAGAAGAAGAAGAAAAAGAAAGAUAAGGUGGCGACCAAAACCACUGCCUCGUCCACAGGACCCUCUCCCACCUCGUCCACAGGACCCUCUCCCACCUCGUCCACAGGACCCUCUCCCACCUCGUCCACAGGACCCUCUCCCACCUCGUCCACAGGACCCUCUCCCACCUCGUCUACAGGACCCUCUCCCACCUCGUCUACAGGACCCUCUCCCACCAUAGUCAAAGCGGACCUAAACACCAAGAAGGCUCCAGCAGCCACAGCUGUAUCUGUUAACGGUAAAGCCACAGCAAAGACCCCGAAUGGGGAAACGGACGACUCUUCUGAUUCCAGUGAAAGUAGUGAGGAGGAGGCCCCCAGUAAAACCCCCAUGCAGAAACUACCCCCCAAAUCACACUCUGCUAGCUCUACACCCCCUGUCACAUCUAAAGCCACCCCUGUAGUUAAACCCCGAGUCCCCAUUAAGAAACCACGCCCACCUCCCUCAUCUGAUUCGGACUCCUCAGACUCAUCGGGUGACGAUGCCUCUAGCAAAGCCACCACAGGCAAACCUCCCGUUAAAAACCAAACUCCUCUAUCCAAACCUCCCGUUAAAAACCAAACUCCCCUAUCCAAACCUGCUGCCACUCCUCUUACCACCAUACCCACCAGCUCCGGAGCUGGUCCUAGAGACAAAACCACCCCUCCAGGCCCAGCCUCCCUUCCUCAGGUCCCAGGACCUCUGUAUCCCCUGGCCAGAGAGCUAAUGCUCCAGGACCAGGCUCUACCCCAGCAGUGCAGAAGGCCCACAGGAGGCCUGAGAGCCCAGGCUCUAGUAGUAGUAGUAGUAGUAGUAGUAGUGAGGAGGAGAUCCAGCUGGUUAUCAAACAACCUGGCCUGGGGAUGGGGAUAGUCCCUGCUAUGGCAGCACAACCCACCUGGAGAGGCAGGGGAAGCCCUAGGGGUGCGGAGAGAGGUGGGGGUAGAGGGAUUAGGGGUAGAGGGGAUGGAGG